CGCAUGCUCGGUGUAGUAGCCGGUUAUGGUGGCAGUGUAUGUUUGUCCAUGAGGUGGGGGACGCCUGCUAUUCCUGCGUUCUGUCACAGAGCGAUUCGAGCGGCUCGCUGCCAUGGCUGGAGUGUUCGACAUUGACUUGGACCAGCCGGAGGAAAUCGUCUCCGACGAUGAGAUCGAGGAGGCUCAGAUUGGUGACAUCAUGGAGCAGUGCACUGGAUUCGACUUCAACAUGGAGGGCUGUGAGAAGAUUGAGAUCUCAGAGGAUAACGUGAAUCAGGGGACAGAGAACAUUCGCCCGGAGUGCUUCGAGCUGUUGCGGGUCCUCGGGAAAGGUGGUUACGGGAAGGUUUUUCAAGUUCGUAAAGUCGUCGGAGCUACAGCGGGCAAAAUAUUUGCCAUGAAAGUUUUGAAAAAGGCUAUGAUUGUACGCAAUGCUAAGGACACAGCUCACACCAAGGCAGAGAGGAACAUUCUGGAGGAAGUGAAGCAUCCCUUCAUCGUCGAUCUCAUCUACGCCUUCCAGACAGGAGGGAAGCUGUACCUCAUCCUGGAGUACCUCAGUGGAGGAGAGCUGUUCAUGCAGCUGGAGAGAGAAGGGAUCUUCAUGGAGGACACAGCCUGUUUUUACCUAGCAGAGAUCUCCAUGGCUCUGGGUCAUCUGCACCAAAAAGGCAUCAUCUACAGAGACCUCAAGCCUGAGAACAUUAUGCUCAACAGCCAAGGUCAUGUAAAACUGACUGACUUUGGUCUGUGUAAAGAAUCCAUUCAUGAUGGGACAGUUACACACACUUUCUGUGGAACUAUUGAAUACAUGGCUCCAGAGAUCUUGAUGAGAAGUGGGCACAACAGAGCUGUGGACUGGUGGAGUCUGGGCGCUCUGAUGUAUGACAUGCUCACAGGAGCGCCACCUUUCACCGGUGAGAACCGUAAAAAGACCAUUGACAAGAUCUUGAAGUGCAAACUCAGCCUGCCGCCCUACCUCACACAAGAAGCCAGAGAUCUCCUCAAACGGUUGCUAAAGAGAAAUGCCUCAUCACGGCUGGGAGCAGGACCAGGAGAUGCUGCAGAAGUGCAGGCUCAUCCUUUCUUUCGACACAUCAACUGGGAAGAUUUGCUGGCUCGGAAAGUGGAGCCCCCCUUCAAGCCCAUCCUGCAAUCGGCGGACGAUGUGAGCCAGUUUGACUCGAAGUUCACGAGUCAGACGCCAGUGGACAGCCCCGACGAUUCCACCCUCAGCGAGAGUGCAAAUCAAGUCUUUCUGGGCUUUACGUACGUUGCUCCGUCAGUCCUGGAUAACAUCAAAGAGAAGUUCUCAUUCGAGCCCAAAAUCCGCUCGCCCCGGAGGAUCAUGGACAGCCCAAGAACACUUCUGAGCCCAGGCUGGGCCCGUAGCCCUCUCAUCCCCGGCUUAGGACCAAGUGUCCUCACGUCUCCUCAGGAGCAGGCCAUGGACGUGUCCUCAGUGGAGCAGAUGGACAUCACGAGCAGCUCCGAGGCCUCAGCACCUCUCCCUAUCCGACAGCCAGCCGGGAUCAACCAGAUGAAGCAGCAAGCCUACCCAGUCGUGGCCAAACGGCCUGAGCAUCUACGUAUGAACCUAUGACCCCCACACUUUUUAAACAGGAAGCAAAGAAAUCGGUAUGGAUUCUCAAGACAAUGAAAAUCCAAACAUCGCACACUACAUGUCCCGUCACAGGCUGGAGUUUGUGCGUGCGUCUGGCACUGCGGCAUGCUUCAGUUAAGUGCUCGAGGUGGCGUCGUCUCACAGCUUCUCCUCGGACACUUCAGGUCUGUCGGCCUCUGACUUCUCAUGUUUCAAGACAUUAAAGGAAACAAAUCAGAGGCGAUUAUUUAUCAUGUGGUAAGCUUUGAACUGAAACUCAGUCAGUUCUGUGUACUAUAAGAUGUCCAAAGUGCUUUGGGAUGUUUCAGUGAGCGCCACUGAAAGGAAUGAAAUGGAAAGAUGGUGAAAUCCUUCCUGGCUACAAAUGAAUCGGUGAAUUGGGAUUGAGACGAGCGGUCAGGCUCUGUCAUUGAUUGGUACAGCUCUGUCCUACAGAGAUGUUGCAUUAAAUGUGAUGCAUCUGGUGAGUUGGAGAGCCUGAAUUAAAUAAGAAAAUGAGUUUGUCUUUGUCCUUUUCUUCCACCGGUGGUGUUGUGACUGACUUGUUUGAUCCUUUGGGUGCACCUCACUCUGAGCUGCAUCUGUCGACGUCUCCUUCAGUCAAAAUUCAUCUUAUUGCACCGUCAAGCGUUAAAACAUUCAGCUGAGCCUCUGCUCAUUUUAACUGAUUUGCCUCAUCUGGCUGGACUUCAGUUCAGGACCUCAGGAGUGGAUUCAUGUCUGAUGGUUGAUCUGGUCACGGUCUGCAGCUGGAGGGGGGUUAGGAGGUCAAUGCUUGAAAGACUUGGAGCAGCAGUCGCAGCCUCCUGGAUGCUCUCCUCUGCAGGAAUCACCACGGAGAGCAAACUUGCAUGACAGAUUUGGCCGAUUGUUGCGGAUUCUCUUCCUGACACAGCCCGGACUUGAACCGGCAUCCUCAGGACUACACGACCGUGGCACUGACCACAGAGUUACCGCAGCCUCCAUCAGCCUCAACUUGUUUAUGAAACUAAUUUUCAAACUCAUGAAAUGCAAA